AUGGCGGAGCCAGACGGGAAGUCUGACCUACCACAUAAUGUACUGCUGACGAAGGACUGGGUCUGCCUAAUACCUAGACAGCACUCGCGCAUUGAUCAUUCCAUGAUCACGAAUGCUAUGGGAAUGGUUGGCGUCUUCUGGAUCACGCAUCCAUCCCAGAUCGAGGAUUACACAAAUAUUUGGGGCCCGUUAGAUGAGCACAUGGCUACGAUUGGCUACCCGUCAUCCCAUUUGGCCUUGAAAGCGCCUCCUCCGAUGCACCCGGUAGCUUGA